UUUCUGUUAGAUUCAGGCAAGUGAAACCAUCACUUUGGAAACUUCUUCAUUUAGUUACUCUCUCUCUCUUUCUUGCAUUCUACAUCAAGCAAUUCAAUGACCUGGCUGUCUGCCAUUGGCAUAGAGUUUGGGUGAUCGAAUAUUUAUAUAAGAGAUAGGUAUUUAAACCCUUACUGCCGAUAAUAUUUAUAAUAACCUGCUUGUCUUCUUUCUUGGGUUCCGCUCACAUUUCUCUUCGAUCAAUCCUACACCCGCUUUCAGAAAAAAAAGGGGAAAAAACCCUACACCCGCUUGGUUAUAGCAUCCAGAAAUAGGAUCUGGGGGGAUUUAGAAGCCUAUUUCUCAAAGUGAAAAUUUUAACUUUUUUAAAUCAAAAUCUUUUGAGAAUACUGUUUCUUUUGUGGCCAAGGUCACUAUAUUUGAUCUGGGUUCUUGGUUUUCUCUUAUUGGACACUGUUCACGAUCGGAUGCUAGUUUUCACUGUUCUCUGCUGAAAAUUUUUAUCAAAUUGGAGAGGUCAAAACGUUUCUUGGAGAUUAGUAUGAAAAUUUGAGGUGGGGUUUUGGUAAAUUCAUUUAUCAAUGGCAGGAGAAGAAGAUAUUAUUGAGCUGAAAUUCAGGCUGGCAGAUGGUACUGAUAUUGGGCCAAACAAAUAUAGUCCGGCAACCACGGUGGCAACUCUCAAGGAGAAGAUAAUUGCACAGUGGCCAAAAGAUAAAGAAAAUGGUCCAAAGACUGUAAAUGAUGUGAAACUCAUAAAUGCUGGAAAGAUACUGGAAAACAACUGGACUCUUGCUGAGUCCAGAAUGCCAGUCGGUGAACUUCCAGGAGGUGUCAUCACGAUGCAUGUUGUUCUGCGUCCUCCCAUGCCAGAUAAAAACAGAGAGAAGCCGCAGAAAGAUUCUACAAAGAAGACAAGGUGCUCAUGCUCAAUCUUGUAGUUGCAAGUGACCAAAAUUGCUGACGCUUAUUAGGCUGGGCCGUUUCCUUUUCAAGCAUUUAAGUAGACGAUAGUUGAGAUGCAAUUGAGAUACCAUUCAUUUUUCCAUAAGUCUGCGUCAUUUGGUUUCAGAAAAGCUUUGACUAUAUGUUUCAGGAACUUCUAGUUUGAAGUGGCCUCAAAAACUGAAGCAUUUCGUCUGUGACCAAGACUCCUCUGUUGCUCGUCUUUGGUUUCCUUGGAAGAUUACUCCUUAGCUCCUCCAUUAGUUGUGAAUGCAAAAAAGGAAUUAAUAUCUGUGAAUUAGAAGUUGAGUUUAUUGGAAGUAUUGCAUCUAUCAACAAAAAUUUGGGAAAAAAAGGAGAGAACAAAAAAAUUACAGGCAGUUAUAGAAGACAUGAUAGUUUUGAUCUGAUUUGCUUGUAAUCUGACAGCUUAUGAAAAGGUACAGGAAAUAAAUUUUCAUCUGACGGUGAGGUUUGUAGUUUAA